CGACGCUGUCGCGCCAGCUGAGCAAGUCGCAGCGCGAGGCCAUCGGGCGAUUGCGCAUCAACAUGGGCAAGGCGCGGCCCAUGGACACCGAGGCCCAGUCCCGCACCGAGUUUAAGGCCAACUUGGGUCUCGCCAUGCGCACGGGCCUCGGCGUCCUCAUCGCAUCUGCUUUUGUCACCAAGGCCGCGGGCGAGCACACGCCGGCGCGCCCGAAUAUCUGGGUUUGUUUCCCCGAGUGGUACAUCCUCGGCGGCAUCAACUUCAUCGCGGUCGCCUGUGUCUUUGCCGCGGGCCGCAACAUUGGCGCGACCUUGCGCGAAGUCUUCCAGCAAAAGCUCGGCGUUUUCCUCGCGUUCGCCUUUAACGCGGUGCUCUUUCACUGCUUCCAGCCACGGCUCUUUUACAGCGACGCCGAAGUGCAAGCUGCCGUGCUAGACGGCACGCUCCUCCGAAUCACCACGUCGUUCAGCGGCACACCGUACUAUGUCAACAACGGCGACGUCGUGACCGUGCUGCCGUUCAUGAUGGCCUUCAACGCGUUUAUUCUCCUCCUGCCCUUUGAAGCCGGGACGAAGAAGUUUUCGAUGGUCAACAACCUCAUUUUUGCCUUGACGGUCGUGAGCCCCAACGACUACAGCGACCCGUCCCAGCUCAAGGACGCGGCCCACGGUCUCUACGCGAGCCCGAUGAUCGUCAAGAACCUAUUUAUCUACAUGUGGCUCGGGCUCAUCGGCGCGUUCCUCUCGUUUCUCGUCGUCUGGGUGCCCUACCCCAUCUUUGCGAUUCGAAAGCUCCAGGCACAGACCUUGUCGGCGGCCGACACGAUCCACGACCUCCUGCACCUUGUCGUCGACGCCUACUGCUUCAAGAAGAAGAACGUCGAGCACAUGCACUUUUUGCGCACCAAAAUCAAGCGCAAAUUCGAGCUCGCGGCGCUCCAGAAAGACGCAAUGACGGGUCUCCUCAACGACGCUUGGUGGGAACAGAUUCUGGCGAUCACCAAGCCGUACAUUGACCUCUACGCGUCGCUCCUCGACACGCUUCGUGCGAUGAACCAAGCGCUGCAGCUCGAGCACUACGACCGUCUCCACACGUCGUUCAUGGCGGCGCUCCAGCAAGAUGUUUGCGGCGUUCAAGUCCGCGCGAUCGCUCUCCUCCGCGAGAUUUCGCUCGAAGUCCACGCCAACCAUACAGACCUGCAGUUGACCCAGCUGCGUACGCUGCAGGCCGAGAUGGAGGCACUCUUGAUACGCUUCCAAGCGACGCAGACCAAGCUCUUCCUCACGAUGCACCCGACGCCGUCCGACGUUGAAGGCAAUAUCCCGCUCAACCUCUUCCUCUUUGGCCUCCAGUCGCUCUGCGCGACGAUGGCCGAGUUUCCCGCCAAGGUCCGCAACGAAACCCACCACACGCCGUCGCGCAUUCUCAACUUUCUCAAGCGGUCGUUCUGGUCGUUUGUGGAUCCGCGCAAGCUGACGCCGACGCGGUUCCAGAUUGCGUUCAAAGUCUGGCUCGCGCUUCUUCUCUCCAGUCUUCUCGCCGUGUACGUUUUUGGCUUCUCGUCCACGGCGCCGACGACAAUUGCCUACGUCAUGGGCAACCAGAUUGGCGGCUCGUUUGGUAUCUCGCUGUUUCGAGCGGUCGGCGUCGUCGCCGGCGUCAUCGUGCCCUCAAUCGCGCUCUUCUUCGUCUGCACCUACAGCGGCGAGCACACGGCGGUGAUGCUGCUCCUUCGGAACCUCUUCUUCUUUGUAUGGACGACGGCGUCCAUGUAUGUGAAAUGGAAAGGCGGUCUCGACUCGUACGCGGGGCUUGUCUCGGCCUUUAUUGCCGCCGGCAUUUUGCUACCGGACGACAUUUGCCCCGCUCCAGGGUCCUUGUCGUCCUAUGCCAACGUCGUGCAAAUGACGCUCGGUGUCCUCCUCAUCAGCGCCUACAAGCUGCUCCGUCGCAACGUCCGGACGCACCUCACGCUCUGCCAAGGCGCGUUUACCGCGCUUGUGGAGCACACCCUCAUGUGCGACGGCACCAUCGACAGUGCGCACUUGGCGGCGGUCAAGGCGGCGCUGCAGACGACGCGUCUCAACGACCAGCGCAUCUUGCUCAAGGAAGCGCUCUUUGAGCCGCGUCUGUGGCGUCCGGCCUUCUCCCAACCAAAAUACACGGCGAUCGUCGACGGCUGCCAGCGCCUUCUGACCAACACGACGAUUCUGUUCCAGCUCGUCGAGUGGUUCCAGCGCCGGCACGCGUCCAUCGCGUCGUACAAUUUCUCGACGCUCGAGCUCGUGCCCUCGAUCCACGAGACGUUCGAGACGCUCCACACUCUCUUUGGCGCGCAAUUCCAGUUUGCCGACGCCGACCAGACGGCCCUCUUUGUGCAGAUGAAGGAGGCGUUCCAGAUCGCGGACAAGCAGUGCAGCGGCUUUGUCGACGCCAGCGACGUCAAGGCGCUGCUUCUGCACGUGUUUGAGCAGUCGGGGGUCUUGCCGAUGGAUGCAAUCGACGACUACGUGGCCGACUUUAUGGAGAUCGUCAACCAAGACAAGUCGGGCCACGUCUCGCUCGACGAGUUCAUGCGCGCGCUUGAGAACGGUCUUUUGCUCGAAGUCGAGGUCCUCCCGACGCAACGCAGCGGUCGACCGCCCUCGGCGACGAGACUGCAAGAAAUCUCGGUUGACGCCAGUCCACUUUUGACGCCGAGCACGCGGAUCCCCCACGUCUUUGACGACGGCGUUAUCUGUCGCGCCCACGACAUUUUGGACGUUGAGACGUUCUCGCUGUUGCACGCCGCCGACGCCAUGCGCCGGUCGUACGCAUCGUGGCUGCUGCUGGACGACAGGUACAAGGGGCUGGCACUGGAAGAGCUCCUUCUUCUCAACAGUCUUGUGAGUGGCGUGAGCGGCCUUGCACGCAACUUGGCGCUGCUCGAAGAGACCGUCGUACAACCCUAA